GCCUCGCCUCGCCUCGCCCCUGCAAGACGCUGCGUGCGUGGCGUGCGUGCGCGCGCGCAAGCAAAGCCAGACAACAGGAAAGACGGCACUCAAAACAACCUUUGGGCGUCUUUUAAGGAGAAUCGGCCGGUUGGGGUCGCGCAGUCUUGUGUUGACAUUGGCGACGUCCCGAGCCGCGUUCCUCGCUUCGGAUAAAAAAAAAAAAAAAACAAGAAGAGGAGGAAGACGGGAAAGCGAUGAUCUCCCAUCAAUUUUGCCAGCUUUGCGCCUUGGGGGAGGGGCGACAUUUGACUGAUUGAUUUCUUUUCGGGCCAAAAAGUUUGAAAUGUCCCAGCUGUCCACCACGGAGAGCCCCGCGGGCGAGGAGGACAAGAGGUUCCCGCUGACCUACGUCGGCUGGUCGGCGCUGGACCGCCGCACCACGCUGCCCAUGCUGCCGUGGCUGGUGGCCGAGAUCCGGCGGAGGAGCGAGCGGGGCGACUGCGGCCCCGCCAUGCAGCCGCGGGAGGUGCAGCUGGUGCUCCACAGCCCCGUCCUCCGCUGCGUGCCCUGCUCCUCUUGCAGCCGCAGCUGUUCGGUGUUCAUCUUCGAGCACAAGGCGCAGCACAUCUCCCGUUUCAUGCACCACAGCAACGACCUCACCUACUUUGCCUACCUGCUGCGGGCCCACCCGGACGACCCCGAAGCGGAGAUGUCCUGUCACGUGUUCAAGGCCUGUGACCCCAACCAGGUGCCCGAGGUCAUCAGCAGUAUUCGCCAAGUGUCCAAAUCGGCCCUAAAGGAAGACACCAAACCAAAACAGGAAGCCGACGAGGCCUUCUACAACUCUCAGAAGUUUGAAGUUCUCUAUUGUGGCAAGGUGACGGUGGGGCACAAAAAAGCUUCGUCCACUCUCAUCGACGACUGCAUCGAGAAGUUUCACCAACACGAGGUCAAGCGGAAACGGCUUCUCAACGGCCAGCGCGGGUCCGUGGACAAGGUUCCUGUGGAGUUCACCAUCGGGGUGGGAGGAGAUCCGCUCUCCACCGCUUUGAAUGAGAAGAACGAGGACGCCGAAGGUUUCGGAGAGGACGACGUGACCGAACGUGUGGGAGCGUCCGCCGGCAUGUCGGCCAGCGGCAGUCAGAGCAGCCUGAGGGGAGCGUUCCCCGAGUGCAUCCUGGAAGAUUCGGGCUUUCGGGAACCGCAGGAGUUCCGCACGCGCUGCAGCAGCCUGGCGGGAAGUCUGCAGAGGAAAGCCGGAGACGGCGUCGGGAUGGACCCCGCGCGACGCAGGCACGCUAGCGCGCCCAACCACGUUCAGCCGUCCGAUUCGGACCAAAACAGAACUAUGCUUUUCCAGGUUGGUCGUUUUGAAGUAAACCUCAUAAGUCCAGACAGCAAAACAGUGGUGCUGGAAAAAAACUUCAAAGACAUUUCAUCUUGCUGUCAGGCCAUCAAGCAAACGGAUCACUUCGGAUUCAUCUGUCGCGACCAUUCGGAAUCCGGUCCCAGCCAGUACGUGUGCUUCGUUUUCCAGUGCGCUAGCGAGUCUCUGGUGGACGAGGUGAUGCUAACCUUGAAGCAGGCCUUCAGCACGGCCGCGUCCUUGCAGAGCAGUAAGACUCUGGUCCAGUUGUGCGAGGCCUGCCCCAUGCACGACCUGCACAAGCUCUGCGAACGCAUCGAAGGCCUUUACCCGCCCAGAGCAAAGCUGGCCAUCCAGAAAUAUCUCUCCCAGCUGGCUGACAACGAGCAAGUGGAGAUAUUCGAGCGAGUUCAGCGACUGAAGCCCGCUUCCGACCAAGAGGAGAACGAGCUGGUCGUUCUGCAUCUCAGGCAGCUGUGUGAAAGCAAGCAAAAGACCCACCGCCACAUCGGAGAGCCCCCGCAGAACGCCAACAACUCGGCGGGGGACGGCGCGGCCACGGGCGGCCGCUUCAAACUGGACAUCCUGAAGAACAAGGCUCGCUCGUCCCUCACCAGCUCGCUGGAGAACAUCCUGGCCAGGGGGGCCAGCCGGAUGCGAGGACGUCUGGGAAGCAUGGGCAGCUUUGACAAACAGGAUGAAGAAUCCUCGGGCGUCUCGCCGCCGGCUUCCCCGCCUCCAUACCCGGACGACGACCCGGAAGCGGGCCAGCAGUUCCGCAGGCGCGCUCACACCUUCAGCCACCCGCCGGUGAAAAAGCGCAUCUCCUUCGAGGGCCAGACGGGCAACCUGGCCAAGCAGGCGCCGCUGCGCCGGCAGCACUCGGCCACCUCGGAAGCGCUGCAAAGCAGUCCCGCGCCCGUGUCGAGAACGCGCAGCUUAUCGGAGAGCCGGUCCUUCAGCCUCCCCUCCUCCUCGUCCUCCUUCUCCGCUCCCACUUUCCUGAAGAGCAUUUACCAGGGCUCGCUGGGCUCCCUGAGCUCGCUGACGGACAGUGGGAGCAUCAAGAGCGGCAGCAAUGGCGACGGCAGGAAGAGGACACUGUCAGGCUGCAGCAGCGACUCGCUGAGCGUGCCGCCGCCGAGCCCGCGCAGGGUCUCGUGGAGACAGAAGAUCUUCCUGAGGGUGGCGUCGCCCAUGGGCAAGACUUCCAUGCACCACUCAGAGCAGUCAGACGCCAGGGAGCUGUUGCCGCUCUCCCCCGGCGGCCCGGACUCCGGCGCCGACCCUCCGAGUCGAGGAGGCGGCCGGCCCGAGAGGACGGCGGCCGACUACCGGGCGCUGUGGAAAACGGCCGUCCGCCAGCAGAUAUUGCUGCUGCGGAUGGAGAAGGAGAACCAGAGGCUGGAGGAAAUAUGGCGUCAAGCGUAUUCAACGCAAAGCCACGCGAGCAGCGAGGACGACUUAACGGACAAUGUUUCUUUCCGCCCAGCGAGUCGCGACGAGCUGCACAUCCGCAAGAUGAAGCUGAGCUACCAGGAAGUGGGCCCCGACUCCCAAGAGGCGCAGGCGUUGUGGGAGAAAAAACUGACGGCACCGGGCAGAACCACGGUGCGGCAGGACCGGGACCAUCUGUACCGAGCGCUCUGCCAAGGUGUUCCCAAAAGUCGUCGCGGGGAGGUGUGGCUGCUGCUGUGCCAUCAGCACCGCUUGUGUCGCCGACAUCCUCCGCGCCAGCCGCCCGCCGACACGCCCUACAGGGAUCUGUUGAAGCAGCUCACCGCGCAGCAGCACGCCAUUCUGGUGGAUUUGGGUCGGACCUUCCCCAACUUGGAGUACUUCUCGGCCCAGCUGGGCGCUGGGCAGCUUUCCCUUUACAACCUGCUCAAAGCCUACUCGCUGCUGGACACUGAGGUGGGCUACUGCCAGGGCGUCAGCUUCGUAGCCGGCGUGCUGCUGCUGCACAUGAGCGAGGAGCAGGCCUUCGACACGCUCAAGUUCCUCAUGUACGACCUCGGCAUCCGGCGCCAGUACAAGCCCGACAUGGUCUCGCUGCAGAUCCAGAUGUACCAGCUCUCCAGACUUCUGCACGACUACCACCGCGACUUGUACGAUCACCUGGAGGAGUACGAAAUCUGCCCGAGUCUGUACGCCGCGCCGUGGUUCCUCACGCUCUUCGCCUCGCAGUUCCCGCUGGGCUUCGUGUCGCGCAUCUUCGACUUUCUGUUUGUCCAGGGCACGGAGGUCAUCUUCAAAGUGGCCCUGUGCCUGCUGAGCAGCCACCAGGGGGCGAUAGUGGAGUGCGACAGCUUCGAGAGCAUCGUGGACUACCUGAAGUCGACGCUUCCCAGCCUCACUCAGGCGCAGAUGGAGCAGAGCAUCGCCAAGGUGACGGAGAUGGACAUCUCCAAGCAGCUGCACGCGUACGAGGUGGAGUACCACGUGCUGCGGGACGAGGCGGCGGAGGGCGGCGCCGCGCCCGACGACUCGGAGCGCCUCGACAAGCUGGAGAAGACCAACGCGCAGCUCAAGAAGCAGAACAUGGAGCUGCUGGAGAAACUUCAGGCGGCGCGGCAGAAGAUCCAAACCCUAGAAAGCAACGUGGAGAACUUCCUGUCCCGCGAGAGCAAAAUGAAGCACGUGAUCCGCACGCUGGAGCAGGAGAAGGCGGCUCAGCGGAAGACGGUCGAGCGCAUGCGCGCGUGCCUCCCGCCCGACGCGCUCGGCGACGUGGAGAUGACCCACGUCAAGGCGGCGGCGGACGCCAAAGCCAAGAAGCCUUGAUGGCCAGCGGACGCGUGCAGGGCCUCGCCGUACGAUGUUUGUAGCAGGCCGUUUCUGGCACACGCUGCGCUGCUGUGCUCCGUUGGGCUGAAGUGUUGGGACGACAGCACAGUGACGCUCUCAAUUCAUUUCCCGCAGGAAAUCACGCAUAUUGAAAUAAUCCAGGCUCUGACUUAACCUUUAUUCACUGCACAAGGACUGUUUUAAGUCACAUUUUUAGAAUUCUCCAUUGUCGCACAAAGUGGUCAAAUAAUAGAGCAUAAAAGCUGCCGAAAAAGAGCCACCGUUAAUACUUUGAUGCUCGCUGAACUGAAUUUGCGAUAUACUGACGCGUUGGCCUGGCAAGUGGUUACAGCGAUAAACAUUUUUACUGAAGAGUUCUGUCGAAAAAAGCCAACCUUUUGACUUUUUUUGGGGGGUGGGGGGGGGGGGGCGGCGCCAAGGAGGAAACAUAUAUCACAUAUUCACACUGAACUGAGCUCUCCUGUGGGAUGACGUCACUUUUCCAUGACGUCCUCCACAAAAAUGAAGCAAUGUCAUGUGGAGCUCAGGGUUCGAACGGCAACAUUUUGUGUCGUGAUUUGAAUUUAGAGGUUCCGCUGUUAACUAUUUGUACCUUUUCCACUUCCAGAAAAGGGUACAGGUAGGUUCCGGGGUACAAAGAAGAAGAAAAAAAAAAAGGAGGAUUAGUUGCCCCAUUGACAAGCCAUUGUACAUGUGCACGUCCAAUAAUGUUCCUGUAGUGCAUGCGGCGUCGGCUGUCGUGUAAAAUCAAGACGCACAGCAUCCAUUCAUCUCUUUUCGAGUGGAUUAUUAUUGUAAUAUUUUUUUUAGUAACACUUUCAUUUCUUCUGAAUGGCUUUGCUUUCUAUUCACUGGAAGCUUUUGUUGUUGUUGAAUGUAUUUUUCAUCCAAAGAGUUUUUUUUUUAUCCCCCCCUCCCCCCAUUUACAGAAAAGCAACUUGAACUUUUCAGAGCAUCUGCUCCUCUUCCUCCUCCUCCUCUUGAGAAGGAAGUGUCGCUUUCAAAAGCUCAGACAGGAUGUGAGGUCGUCUGCCUCGUCGGUUUCCUGUGUGACUGACCGCAGAAUCGCCUCCACGGCGCAGCGAAACAAAAUCAAACAAAACUUUUUGAGGUGGCGCAUUUGAAGCCGAAUGGACUCUUUUGCGGCUUUGGUCAAAACCGAAUCUCUCGUUCUGCCCUUUUCAGGGAUGAGCAUGAAAACGCUUAAUUGUUGUUACAAACUUGGGUCAAUUUGUUGAAAGUCCAAAUUGCGUGCAGUACUUGUCUGCGACCAGCAGGGGCGCUCUCAAGCAGUUUGCCGUUUAAAGAAGAGAUUAUGACUUUGAGAAAAAAAACUUUUUCUUGUAACAGACUUAUAUGGAAUGAUUAAGCCUUUUUCACAUGAAAGUUACAACUUUAUUGUCUUUUUCUACAAUAUUUUUCCAGUAUUUUCUUUUCCUAAAAAAAAAAAAAUUACUUUUUUUCUCAUAACAUUAGGACUUUUUCAUGAGUUUAACUUCUUUCUUGUCCAACGUUUCCCCCCAUAAAGGACAUUCUCGUUAUGCCUUUAAAACAAAGAAAAAAAAGAAAAAGUGCACUGCUGAGCAAACGGGGGCUCUUCUGAUUCAGUAUCCACAAACAAAAACAGUUCAGAUAUUUUUUGCAUUAAAAAAAAAUGCAUUAUGACUUCGGGAGGAAAUAAUUUUUUUUUCUUUAAAAAAAAAAAAAAAAAAAAAACAUUUCUCAGAAGUGCAUUUUUUUCCUUGAAUUUGUUGUCUUAACAGUAAGACUUAAAAAAAAAAGAGAAACUGAACUGACAGCAACCAGCAGAGGCGCUGUUGAGUCAGUCUUGAAGAAGCACCGACGUCAGCUGUGGCUUACAUCCAAUGUCGAUUAUUGUAGUUGAUCUGACAUUCAGUGAGAGCGAGAGAGAGUUUCUCACCCCUUUUUUAUAAAAAUAUUUCAAAAGUCACAAUGGAUGACUUGAUGAUGGCUCGUUUUGCCCGUAGACGUUUUUGUUUUGCCGCAGGUGUAUUGACGCCACGUUGUUGCAGUGUGCAGAUGUAAAACCACAAGAGGAAGAACUUAAGUUUCCAUUUCACACAAGAUUUGUUGCUGCGUUAGUACUUUUGAAGCGCUCUUCCCUGGCUGCCUGACUUUGGUUUCAAGCGUUUCUCAGUCCUGACUAGAACGAAACAUCGCCAAAAUGACAGCACAUUUGAUUCGGGCUGCCAGCCUCCCCGUCCUUCUACAGAUUUGUUUCUUUGUAUUCUCAAUGUCAAGUGCUCCAAAUGUUCCGUUUAGUGUUUUGGGGGAAUUUUUGUGGGUGUUUGCGUGGAUUCUAUAGCACUUGGCGUUCUUUUGCUACAAGCUACAGCGUGCCACGUUCCGGUGCGACACGUUUAUCUCCACUUGGUGCUACGUGUGCCUCACAGCAAUUGUCAAUGAAAACCGACGUGUUUGGUUUGUUUUUGGAAAAUAAAACAUUUUUGUAUGUUC